AAACAAUAAUGUAAUCUGAUGCAUGAUUGGAUGCCCAUGUCAGAUGGCCCGAACAGAAAUUGUCUAACUUUUGCAGUGGUGCUGUUCACGGAUUCAUCACUAUCAUUGAACUCUUCACUUUCCUUUAUGCACUGUCAUAAAUUUCGCUUUGUUUCUUUUGAACUCCGAUUUCGGAGUUCUAAUGGAGGAGAAUGUCAUCUGCACAACGGAAACCAACAGUGUUCCGAUUGAGGAGGUGUUUCAAACCAGCAUUCUUUUCAUGGAUAGGAAACGGAAAUUGCAAGCAGAAGAAUUAGGCACACCUCCAUCAAAGCUUAAAUGGCUAAGUCGAGGCUUUGCUUCAGAGUAUACUUUUCCUGCUAAUGGUGACUCAGAUGUAAUAGAUAAAGGGGAGUUAAAUGGAAUGUCAACUGCUGAGGAGUCAGAACAAGAGUCUGCCAACGAUAGUAACAGUAUUGCUGCCGAUGCUGACUCGAGCAUUUCUGUGUCUAAUGAAACUGAAGUAGGAGCUGGUCAUGGAUAUUUCAAAGAAUAUUCAUCUGACAAGCCUAUAAAUUCUUCUGUUACCUGCGGAGGCAAUUGUUCUAAGCAUGCCCAAAAUUCUUCCAAGAGCAGUUUCAUAAUGAAAUCAAGUUCCCAUAUUCUGGAAUCGCCAUCAGCUGGCAAAAAGCAUGAUUUUCUCUAUCAUGAUAUAGGCCUGAAGUCAUCCCUGAAUUAUGAGGAGCACCUCCUGGAAUUUGGAAGUCACAGCAAUUGCAGCUGUCCAGAAUGCAGAGCUAGUUUUGAAGGAUACACAGACAAGGAACUUGAAGAAAUGCUUUAUUCUAAUGGAGCGACUCCAAAUAAUUAUGUUCUUUCUUCUGAAAGAUGGACUCUCAACCAAGAUACUCAACAAGGCGCCAAGAAAUUAACCAUUGAUAAAGAGUUCGAGCAAGGAGACAAAUUUGGGGUUGACAACUUAUGGUGGAAUUGCAAGUUUUUAGUUACUUACUGGUGCAUGUGCUGUGAAUUGCAGAUAUAGCUUAAAAAAAUUGUGUUUUUCUCACUAUCAAUUUUAGCUUUUUCGGAGAUGAAUAUUCUUCUGAGCCAGGUACUUUCUAUAUCUUUUUCUUCCUUUUCUUUUUGCAUCUUUUUUCAUGAUAAGCCAAUCACACUUAUUGUCUUCCAACAGACUCGUAUGUUUUAUUUUUCACGGGCCCCCAUCCUAAUUAAUGGUGUUGAUGUUCUUUGAACAGAUGAGAAUAUUUCAAUACUUUUUUACUUGCAAUUCCUUUCUUGCAGAGAUUGACAAAACAAUGAGGUAAUCCAAUAAGAAGUUCAUUUAGUAUUUGGCAGUAGGGUAACUUUUGAUUCAUUGACAAUAUUUUUUAGUCAGCCUCAUAGCUUUAAAUCAGUGUUAGUAUUGUCGCUCUAAUGCAGAAUUUCAUAAACCAUUGAAUUUCUGGAACAGCUUCAACUACAAUACUAAUAAGAGUUCCAAACUUUUUUGCAUGAGAAGAUGGUUCAUCUCCAAUGAAAUAGAACCUUAAGAUGAAGACAUGAAAUGACAUAGAAAUGUUCUCAGUUCACCCCUGGUAGAGACGUGCUUCAGACUUCAGCAAUACUUGUUUCAGAAGCACAAAUUAAUUUACAGCAUGAAAACGGAUCCUUGCAGUAGGGAGCUUGACAAAUGACACGGAAUGAUUCUAAACCCUAAUGUAUCCUAUGACUUGGUUUAUUGCACAGCUUUCGUAGCUGGCUAACGAAAAUAACAUGCAGUUGAAAGGCAUUGUCUCAUAAUUGAACAAAUGAAGCAAAUUUAUGGGGCAGAAAGUACAACAAAAACACUCAAGGAAAAUUGUAAAUUAAGGGGACCCAAUCAGCAUGAUGGAAGAUCUGAAGGAGGUGGUGGUAAUUUUUCAUUAGGGAGGAACCCAUUGAGUACAAUCCAUGCCAUUCGCAAACCCCAACUUGUGUGCACGUCAAAGUGGCAGUGCAUAAGCCAUACUCCUGUUUGACAAGGUACCUGGAUUGUCUGCAAAGAACCGAAUGGCGAGCCAGCCACCUGAUGGAACCCCCACCGUAUUCCUUUCCACUGGAUCCACCAGGUUGAAGUUGGCAGGGUCCUUGUUUGGAUCGUAGUUUCCAAACCCUUCCCCAACGACGAA